GCCCGGGGGGACGCGGUUGGCGGCGACACCGGAGGGGGGCGAGUCAGGAAGUGGGGGCGCGGCGGCCGGGAGCGGUCCUGGGGCUGCCGAGGGGCUCGGCGACGCGGAGGACCGGAGACUCCGGGCCGCUCGGGAGCCUGAAGGGGCACCCGGGCCUCCGCGGACACGAUGGCGGAGGAAGAAGGACCAACUGUAGAACUGCGCCAAAGAAGAAAGCUGAAGUCUUCAGAAAAUAAGGAAUCUGCCAAAGAAGAAAAAAUUAGUGAUACUCCAAUUCCUGAAAGAGCUCCAAAACAUGUAUUAUUUCAGCGCUUUGCAAAGAUUUUCAUUGGCUGUCUUGCAGCAGUUACUAGUGGUAUGAUGUAUGCUCUCUAUUUAUCAGCAUACCAUGAACGGAAAUUCUGGUUUUCCAACAGGCAGGAACUCGAACGAGAAAUCACAUUUCAAGGUGACAGUGCCAUUUAUUAUUCUUAUUAUAAAGAUAUGUUAAAAGCGCCUUCAUUUGAAAGAGGUGUUUAUGAAUUGACACACAAUAACAAAACUGUAUCUCUGAAGACUAUAAAUGCAGUGCAGCAAAUGUCUCUAUAUCCAGAACUUAUCGCCAGUGUUUUAUACCAAGCAACUGGUAGCAAUGAGAUUAUUGAGCCAGUAUAUUUCUAUAUUGGUAUUGUUUUUGGAUUGCAAGGAAUAUACGUUACUGCUUUAUUUGUUACAAGUUGGCUUCUGAGUGGAACAUGGCUGGCAGGGAUGCUUACUGUUGCAUGGUUCAUUAUUAACAGGGUAGAUACAACAAGAAUUGAAUACUCCAUUCCUUUAAGAGAAAACUGGGCACUGCCAUACUUUGCAUGCCAAAUUGCUGCACUUACAGGCUAUUUAAAAAGCAACUUAAAUACAUAUGGAGAGAGGUUUUGCUACUUGUUGAUGAGUGCUUCAACUUACACAUUUAUGAUGAUGUGGGAGUACAGCCACUAUCUCUUAUUUCUUCAAGCAAUAUCUCUAUUCUUGCUAGAUAGUUUUUCACUGGAGCAAAGUGAGAAGGUUCAUGAAGUUUAUAAAAUCUAUAUAUUUUCUCUCUUUCUGGGAUAUUUACUGCAGUUUGAGAAUUCAGCUUUAUUGGUGUCUCCUUUAUUAAGUUUAGUAGUAGCCUUAAUGCUUGCUAAGUGCCUUCAGCUGAAUGUGAAGAAAGGAACUUUUAUAGCUAAAAUAAUGAAAGUGAUUAAUUUUUACUUGGUGUGCACUCUGACAGUGACAUUGAAUAUUAUAAUGAAGAUGUUUGUCCCACACAAAGAAAAUGGGCACAUGCUGAAAUUCCUUGAAGUAAAAUUUGGACUAAAUAUGACUAAGAAUUUUACCAUGAAUUGGCUCCUAUGUCAAGAAUCCCUUCAGGCACCAUCUCAAGAUUUUUUUUUGCGAUUGACACAGUCUUCUUUAUUGCCUUUCUACGUUUUAGUGUUAAUUAUUUGUUUUCUUUCUAUGAUGCAAGUUAUAUUUAGGAGAAUUAAUGGCAAGUCCUUGAAAGAAACUAUUACUCUGGAAGAUGGACGAAUUGGAGGAAGGCCAGAAAUAAUUUAUCAUGUGAUUCACACUAUUUUAUUGGGCUCUCUUGCAAUGGUUAUAGAAGGCUUGAAAUACCUCUGGACUCCUUAUGUAUGCAUGUUAGCAGCAUUCGGUGUAUGUUCUCCUGAACUUUGGAUGACACUUUUCAAGUGGCUUCGAUUACGAACGGUACAUCCAGUAUUAUUGGCCCUUAUUCUGAGCAUGGCUGUGCCCACUAUAAUAGGUCUCAGCUUAUGGAAAGAGUUUUUUCCAAGAUUAAUGACAGAACUAAUGGAACUACAAGAAUUUUAUGACCCAGAUACAGUGGAACUUAUGACCUGGAUAAAGAGGCAAGCUCCAGUUGCAGCUGUGUUUGCAGGGAGUCCACAGUUAAUGGGUGCAAUUAAGUUAUGCACUGGAUGGAUGGUGACCAGCUUGCCUCUUUAUAACGAUGAUGAUCUUCUUAAGAGAAAUGAAAAUAUCUAUCAAAUCUAUUCAAAGCGAUCUGCUGAAGAUAUUUAUAAAAUACUGACAUCCUACAAGGCUAAUUACCUUAUUGUAGAGGAUGCUAUCUGCAAUGAGGUGGGAACCAUGAGAGGCUGUAGGGUUAAAGACUUAUUAGACAUUGCAAACGGCCACGUGGUUUGUGAAGAAGGUGACAAGUUAACCUACUCAAAAUAUGGGCGAUUUUGUCAUGAAGUCAAAAUUAACUAUUCUCCAUAUGUGAAUUACUUCACUAGAGUAUACUGGAACAGAUCCUACUUUGUAUAUAAAAUCAACACUGUGAUAUCCUUUCAGUCUUGAAAAUAGCAGAGUCUUCACUUCAAAGACGUAUCACUUGAAGUAAAAUGUGGUUUUCUUCUGCCUACAUAGUAUCUUUUGGAAAUCAGAGUAUGGACAUUUGAAAUGUUGCUGCUGCCUUUCCCCUUCUGCUGUUAACUGUAUCCAGAGUUCUGCAAGAAUACAGCAUCAAGCAUUACUGUCCUUUGGUAAAAUGUCAAAUCUGCCACAAUAGGUGUUUUCCUUAUCAUUACAUGGUCUUUAAAUACCUUAUCUUCUCAACUAUUGUAAAAUUACCCUCAUAAAUCUUCAUUCUGUCAUAUCAUAGGUCUUGAAUUUAAAUAUAUUCAAAGUCAGAGUAUAUUUCUCAGACAUAACAUUUAAUAAAUAAUACCGUUCAAUGUCAUAUAAUAAUAGACUAGAAGGAAAGAACUCUUCUUACCUUGAUUCAAAGCAGUUUUUGAAGGUAUUCAUGGUUUAUAAUAGAAUUGAAAUAUUACAAUAAAAAUUUAAAUGUUAGCUGAAAACUGACAUUUAAGUUAAAAUGUGUAAAUUGUGUAAAGGAACAUGAUCUUGAAGGAUAUACACAUAAGGAUAUAUCCAGAAUUUCCAUGAUUCUGCUCUCCUCACCUGCUGCUUAUAUAAAUGUGCACUUUCUUAGUAAUAUAGAGGAUAUAAUACUGCAUUUUAUUAUUUUACAACUAUUAACUGGCCACCUUUUUUCACUUAUACCCAUAAAGUUAAUACCAAUUUAAUCAUGAUAAAACAGUAACUCUUGUUACCUAAAUAUUUUUUGAAAUAGACAUUUAAAACAAUGUUUUUAAGGUUUUUAAAAGGUAUAGAAUGGGGUAUACACUCUCUUCACAUAUUUUCUACUGAAGUAUUAAGUAAAAAAUUAAAUCUUUCAGAAUAAGAGUAUUCUGAUAUUAAUGACUAAAAUGACAUAACACUAAAACAAUUUCUGGAGAUAUGGGCAGAUGCUAUUAAAUAUACGUCUGCAUGCAGAUAUGUUUAUUAUUAAACACAAAUGCUAUUAUUUACGAAACUAUAGUACAGUCUUCAACAUUAAGAACAAAAUGACAGUUCUAAUAAAAUUUACAGCAGUUUCACAAUCUGAAUAUUAUGUUCCUUUAGGUUAAAUGUUUUCAUAUUUUUAACCAUUUAUUAAAAGAAAUUCUUAAAUGAUUAGUUGGCAUAUAAAGAGACUCAGGAUGUAUCAUUUUAAUAAGAUGGGAUGCAUGUUUAGUUUUACCUUAUGCAUAUGUUUAGUGAAUAGAUUUUUUAAAUUUUCACUUGUUAGAGUGCUGUAAAAUUGCAGUUUCAGUACUCUGAAAUACUACUUUAGAAGGGAGCAUCUUUUCAUUAUCAUUAUUUUCUGGUAUAUAUAUGUGGGUCUUUUUUUUUUUAAAGUACAAAAGCACAUGCACUCUUAGACUAGCUCUAGGAUGCUUUGCUUUUUUAGAGCUUCAGAAUUGUUUGAUGGCAGUGUCAUAUAUCUGGUGCACUAGUUUUAUUUGGUUCUCUUUUCAUGCUUUUAUAUAAUUUUUAAUAAUUAUAUUAACAUUUCAAGGCAGGGCAUUACAGGUUCUCUGCACAUCUUAAUAGUGAGUCACUAGUAUUUAACUUCAAGCCUUAUGAAAAUAUUACUAUGGUUACCUAAGUACACAACAAAGGAUCACCUGGUAGUCCUUGUGAUUAGAGCAUGUAAAACAGUGUGACUUCAAGGUUAACUUGCAUAUGUUGAAAGGGAAAUAGAAUAACCUAUGUAGCAUGAAAUAUUUAGUUGAAUUUUUAUCGAUUUAUAUUAUCAAAUAUAAUCACAUUAGUUUUUUGA